AUGAAGUUCGGAAAGAGCAUCUGCGUGCUUAACGUCGGGGGAACCCGGUACGCCUUCACCCGUGAGGUGAUCAGGGAUUUCCCUCUUCGACGCGUCAGCCGCCUGAUUGCCUGCGCAACCGAGAAAGAGGUCCUCGAACUCUGCGAUGACUAUGAUCGGGACCGGAAUGAGUUUUUCUUCGACCGCCACGCUCAGGCUUUCGUGUUUAUUAUGUUGUACGUGCGCUCCGGCAAACUCCGAUUUGUUCCCGGAGUGUGUGAGCUGUCCUUCUACACAGAGAUGCUCUACUGGGGACUGGAGAGCGCGCACUUGGACUCCUGCUGCCAGAAACGCCUGGACGAUAGGAUGUCCGACAUCGGACUGGACACACUCUCUGAGGGGGACAUUGAGGAUGAGCCCCAGAGCACAGGGGAGUCAGUGCAAGAGGCUGAGCUCACAUGUCGCGCUAGGUGGCUCGAGAAAAUGCGCAAGGCUUUUGAGGAGCCCAACUCUUCCCUUGUAGCGCAGCUUUUGGCUUCAGUGUCAGUGAUCUUUGUUAUCGUUUCUAUGAUCAUGCUGUGCGCUAGCACCCUGCCGGAUUGGGAUACAGCCAAGAGAACUACUGUGGAGGAACACAGGAUAGUGGAGGCAGUGUGUAUUGGCUGGUUCACGGCAGAGUGCAUAGUGCGCUUUCUGGUGGCUAAAGACAAGUGGGACUUCCUCCGUAGGCCACUCAACAUCAUUGACGUGAUUGCCAUUACCCCCUACUAUGUCACUAUGGCGAUGGCCCGGGCAGGGAUGCCGGGUGCUGGGCUCGGGGUUGCUGGAAUCAUACUGCGAGUCCUGAGGAUGAUGAGAGUGUUCUGGCUCAUGAAGCUGGCCAGACACUUCCUGGGACUGCAGACUCUAGGGCUGACUCUCAGGCGCUGCUACCGAGAGAUGGUCAUGUUGAUGGUGUUUGUCUGCGUUGCCAUGGCUAUAUACAGUGCCCUGGCCCAGCUACUGGAACACGGCUUGGAUCUGGAGACCCAGAACAGUGAUUAUGCCAGCAUCCCUGCUGCUGCCUGGUGGGUUAUUAUUUCAAUGACAACAGUGGGUUACGGGGAUGUGUACCCGGUAACAAUCGGAGGACGGGUGCUUGGGGGAAUGUGUGUAGUGAGCGGCAUUGUGCUCCUGGCGCUGCCCAUCACAUUCAUCUACCACAGUUUUGUUCAGUGCUACCAUGAACUCAAACUGCGCUCUGCCAGAUAUGCACGCAACCUGUCGGCAGAAAUGCUGCGAUGAACAUGUCAUAUCCUGCCUACCAUCCUGCCGACAACAAACAGAAACUCUAACGACCAGAAGACCAUCAAAUGUUUGAUGUGCCCUUUUUUCCUUCCAGAUUUUAUUUUGUCCAGUCUAGAUCCAGGUACAAUAAAUUUCCUAGAAAAACCCUUUAAACAUUCAUAUAUCAAACAGAAAAAAGAAGACUAAGAAAACAUAACAUUUAACAAUUGUGAAAUUCUGCAAUAUCAUCAUGUGUUUCAGUUUAUUUUGUUUUUGAUGUUAUUUUUAUUUCCCCUUUGCAUCAGGAAAACAAAUUGUCAUUAUAAAAACAACUAUCUGUGAACAUUUAGUCAGUGCAAAAUAUAUAAAUGUCAGUGAAUGACAUUGGUAAAUGGCAUUUUGUUUACCAGUAGAACAACAUCAGUCAACAAGGCUGAUACAGACAGCAAGGCAGAUAUGUUGGAGUAUACCUACCAAAAAAAAAAGGACAGAAAAUAACAUAAACCAGACAUACAAAGAUGGACUAUACAAAUAUAUUAACUUAAUAGUAAAACAAUAAAUUAAUAUGUUUGCUUAUGUUUUCAAUAAUUUAUUCUACUCUGAGUUGACAAAACAAGAUAUUUUCAAGUCAGUGAAAAAAUAACACAGAGCUCAUAUUUAAAGGUACUAAGCUUAUUUUAGUCAAACACAAAAUGAAGCAUAAAUGCUGUUGUUUUAAUUCCUUAAUACUAUUAGAAUAGCUUUGCAUGAAUUAUUGUUCAAUAGGGCCUUGUGCAACCGCUCAGUUCACCCACUGUCUGAAAUAAGCUGUUAUAGCUUUCUCCCUUUAAAGGCACCCUCCCUUUAAUCCAACUUUCUUCUGAUUCGCUGUCCCUUGCAGACAGAAGCUCUGAAAGGCUGAUGGCUGGGGCUUUUGCACUCAUAGACAAAGCUGUGUGCUUGAGAUGAUCAUGUUAAGUAUAUCUGCUGUUUUUGGUAUCACACAGAUCUAAGUGUGAGCAUCAGAGCAGACUAAAGGCUCAGAUUUUGGAUCACAAGGCUACUUGUACAUAUACACAUACAUAUCACUAUUUUUUAAACUUUGCCUUGUUUAAUAUGAGAUUUCACCAGUGCAACAUUAUAUAUGACAGAACAUAAGUAAAAGAAUAAAAUCUACUUUAAAACAGGUUUAGAUCAAAGCUUCUAAUACAUGAUGUAGAAGUUUUAAAAAGUGUGACUAUAAUCAAAAUAAUGCAUUAAAAACACUACAAAUAAAAAUUAUAUCAUGUAUUUACUAAGUCACAUUAUGUUAAAAAGAAAAAGAAAAAGAAAGCGCAGCCAAUUGUAAAUCAUAGUAUGUACCAUUGAGAUGAAGAAGAUCAGGGUUAAAGCACUUCAAUAGGUUGUAAAAAGAAAAAAAAAAGUCUCUCAUGUGGAACAAUGCAGAGCACCAGCACCAAAGCUUACCUUCACAAAAUGAUCGAUGUGUGGUUGGAAGGUAAGUUCAGAGUCAACCCACACGCAUAAAUAUUUCAUUUUUUCCCCCUAUUUUCUGAAGAGCUCCAGCAUCAUUAUGGGUUAAAGGCAGCAAAUUAGAUUUAAGUUGAUGUUCUGUCUCAGGCCAAAGAGCAUAAAGCAGGUUUUUAUUGAGCAGUAAUUUGUUAUCUGACAGCCAAGUUUGUAGGUUAUUAAAGUCUGAUCGCAGAGCCUUUUGUAUGUGUAGAAUAGAAGCUUUUGUUUUCAUUGUCUUGAACCAACAUGUUGUGCGACUCUCUUCUUAACUUCCCCAUUUAAACGUAACAAUAGGAAUACACAGAUAUUUAUUUAUUAAACGCAGACAGGUGCAGUCAAUUCAGAUCUGACAGCGGCUGCUGUUUACUCAUAUUCCCCUGGUUACAAUACUGGCAGAGACGGCUGCGUCAAGUGCAACGUGUGUGUAUGUUUGUGUUUGUUUGUCUGGCCAUCAGCCUUUCACUUUGUCUAAGCUUUGCACACAGAUGGUACAAGUUACACAAGAUUGAUGUGUGACCUAGAUGCAUCCUGUUAAACCUGUGAAAUAAAGAGAAGGAGUGAACAGGGGACUGCAAAGUGGGGAUGGAGGAGUUAAACAGAGGGCUUAGUUUGAGGGUCUGUGGGGGGGAGUUAAGCCGAUGAUAAUGAAAUAUGGAGACAGGUCACCGAGGACUGCAAGGUGGCAGACAAUAACACUGAGAUAGAUAUGACAGGGCAGAUGGAGUGUGAAAGUGAGCAUAAAAGAUUACGGGCAAAAAUGUUGGAAUGUGGUUCAAACCCGAGCACGAAGAAUGAAUAGAUGCAGCGUGCAUCGCUUCUCUGUUUGCCAGUGAAUGUAAGGCAUUUUGUAUUUCUGUGUCUCCAAGGCAACAUCAUCCUCCAGCAUGUCAAUCAUAAUUGUGGUUGAUUUGUGUGCACACAAAUAGGCUACAUCCACGCACACCUCCUGGCUGGCACGCAGCUUUUUUGUCCUACGAUUAUCUGGAAUAUCACAGCAUCAGAGCGAUUAUUUAAAAUUACCAAAAACAAACGUACAGGGGGGAAAAAAAUCAAGUGUAGAGGGAAAAAAAUAAAAAGAACAAUGGAGGCUGUCAAUGUCAUGGUUCUGACAUUCAUGAUUCAGACAUGUUUGCGCGGUUUGCCAAGAUGAUACGAUUUGUUGAAGAGACACAUGAUCCAAACAAACAAGUCAACACCUCUCCCACACAACAGUCUUUCUCUGCAUCUCCUCUCCUCUUCCUCCUGUUGCCAUCAACAAUCCUCUUUUUACACACACGCAUCAAAAUCCUGCUCUUCUUCUUGCAAGGGAAAUUUAAACAAUGAGUCUGUUCACUGUGUCUUUGUACUGAUAGUAGUCUACAUAUGUUAAAUCCUCAUAAUCUGUGCAGCCCUGUAUGUAUUUAAUGUGUACUGUAGACACCUCCGUAUCCUCGUAGCUGCUAUUGAUGUGCUUUUUAAGUAGUUGCACAAUUGAAUUAAACACAAUCAAUAUUUUAUUACCUACCUUCCAAUGCAUUAUUCAUGUAGCAUUGCUUUUUACCAGUGAAGUUUGGCCAGGCCUGAUUGAAACCAUCAAUCAAAACAUUUUCAUCAGUACACUCUGGAGUUGUAAUUAAUGUGAUCAAUGUACGAGCUUUUAUAAUAAAAUUACU